AUGUCGCAAGCAAUUAGAAUGCAGAAACGUAAGAAGGACGAUAAACCGGAAAUAUUUCGGGAGAAAAUACUUUACAGAGAAUGGGCACGUCGUUUUACAACCAUAGAAAAAAAUCUCGAAGCUGUGACAUAUUAUGAAAAAGCUAUGAAAGUUGCUGACGAGGAUGACGUUAGGGCACUUUUAGGUCUUUGCAGAGCACAGUUUAAUUUUACUAAGUACAUCGAUGCUGCUAAAAUUGCGGAAAAAUGCAUGCAAUUAGAUCCAAACAAUUAUCACGUAAAGGAAAUGAGAGUCGAUACGUUAUAUCGAAUGGGAGAAUUUUGCUAUAGUUUGGUCCAUGCUUACAAUGGUUUCCGGCAACGUAGAAUGCCCUUCGAAUUGAGCAUUUAUCGGGCCAAUGAAACAAUAGAAACUUGUGUUGGUAAGAACACUGUACCGGAUGCUUUAAAACGUCUUUUACCUUGGAUCCAAAAGUUGCAAGAAUAUCGUAAAGUAUUGAUCGAAAAGCUCAAAUUGGAACCAGACGAGUUCGAAGGUAUCGACGAGGAUCAAUCAAAGUUCAAGGUGAAUGAUCUGGCUGUUCAAGAAGAAGCGCACAAGGCAAAGUUACAAAGUAUCAUUGCCAAGAUUUAUUUAGGUUCAAUAGCCGAUGAGAAACAAUUUCGUGAAAAAUUGGUCAAAGAUAAACAGCUUUUACAAGGACCAAAUAAAGAAUCUACUAAGCUUUUGCAAUAUCAUGCACAAAGAAGUUUGAGAAAGACGAACUUUCGUCAGAGUAUCAUUCGUACCUCUUUUCCAAUUUACGUAAUGAUGUUUGCUAGAGAGAAACGUACGAUUGGUCAUCAAGUUAUGAUUGAACAUGAAAGAAAAUUGAAAAGAUACAAUCUUAUAUUACUUGCUGAUCAUUUAUUACGAUGUUUGAAUGAGGCUAGAAUGGAUAAAGAUUAUCCAAGAUUUUUCAGAUACGUAAAUCGUACAAAGGACUUAUUUGAUUCGUACUCUAUCAAGAUGUUUCCAUUAAAGAAAAAAUGUUUAAACACUCUUUACAAAAUGAUCGCGUGGGUUUACAUAGAUACGAGAAAUGUAAUGCAAUACGAUGAUGAAGAAACAAAGAUGAGAUAUUUGAAGCAUCAUUUAUUAUUACGAUUGACACGAUUACCAAGAGACAGGGAAUUAGCGUGGGUGAAAAUAACAACUCGUAAAAAUGAAUUACAAACGUUUCGUCGUAGAUUGGCAUUGGCAUCGGAACCAUUGGAAUUAGCAUGGCUGUUUCACGAUUUUUCCAAAUUUCUCAUACAGUUGGGUCGUUACGAUCUUGCUAGAUAUUAUGCUAAAAAGUCACGUGACUCGGCUAUUGAAGCUAAAUGCGAACAAUGGGUACUAAAUGCCAACCACAUGACUAUGCUAGUCGAGCUCUCUCAAAACAAUCGUAACGAGGCUAAAGAGGAUGCAGUUGCUGCAAUAGCCAUUUCUAAAAAGCUUGGAAUCGAUUUUCUGGUAGAUUUUUACACGAGAAUUUCGAACAUACUCGAUGAGUUGGAUUUCGACAGGUUGAUAGCAACAACAGACGGUAUUGCAUUUAGACAACAGCUUAUACUCGAACUUAUGCCAGAAGAGAUGAAAACCCAAGUGGAUUUUCUUUUUCGCAGUAUGGAUGUAGUACCAGCAAAACGUAGACUAUCCGUAAUGCCUGGUUGUAAACCAGUCGACCGUAAGUUCAAGAUGUCCUGCAAACGGAAUACGAUAUUACCAAGUCCACCGAAGGAUCCUGAAAAGGAAGCUAGACAAGCUUUGCUAGCACAAUAUGCACCGUCAAAAGAAAGACCUGGUUUUUUAGAUUUUCAAGAUUACGAGUGA